AUGACUGAACCCAAUCUCGAUAUCAUCAAGGAAACCCUUGUUGCUCUUGCUCGCCAAGCUGGUGAGGUUAUGAAAGAGAAGAGUGGAAAGACCAGUUUUGACGACAAGGCCAAUGCUGUUGAUCUCGUCACUGAAAUCGACAAGGCCGUUGAAGAACUUGUCCACAACGCUCUUACGGUUGCUUUCCCUGAAUACAAAUUUCUCGGUGAGGAAUCGUACGUCCCUGGAGAGAGCGAGCUGACUGACGAACCCACUUUCAUUUUGGACCCCAUUGAUGGCACUACCAAUUUCAUCCACAGCUACCCUUCAUACUGCAUUUCGCUCGGGUUUGCACUCAAUAAGAAGCCUACUGUCGGCGUUGUGUACAACCCUGUCACCAACCAGCUUUUCUCUGCCAUUAAGGGCAAGGGUGCUUACCUCAAUGGUACACAGAAGUUGCCAUUGACUGCACCACGCCCACUCAAGUUGCAGAGCGCUCUUCUUGCAAUUGAAUGGGGCUCCGAUCGCACUGGCAAUAACUUCAAGGUCAAGACUGAUACUUUUAAGUCUCUGGCAGCCGAUUCAAAGGAUGGCGGUGCAUUUGCCCACGGAUUCCGCAGUGCGGGAUCUGCAGCUCUUAACAUUUCUUACGCUGCCGCUGGAUACAUUGACGCCUACUGGGAGGGCGGCUGCUGGGCAUGGGAUGUUUGCGCUGGCUGGAUCAUUCUUGAAGAAGCUGGUGGCAUCAUGGCCGGUGGAAACAAGGGUGAAUGGCACCCUGCAGUUGAUUCGCGUCUCUACUUUGCGGUACGCGGAGCAGAACCUGCAGAGCAGAAGAAGUUUGUUGAGGACUUUUGGGGUCACAUCCAGGGUACUCUUGACUACAAAGUGUAA